AAAGGCGCCAUUAUUGAAUUUGAAAAACUGUCUUUAAUCAGAAGUGUGGUUAACGAUUUGCAACUGUGAGACUUUGAAUGUCACUGAGUUUGAGAUGGACAAAACCCAAGCCACAGAUGAUUCGCUCAUAAAAGAUAAACAUUGUGACACGAAAAAUAGUGUUUUCUGCAAGAAGAGGCCAAACGAUGCUAUCACAAAAUCAGACGAUGCAGAUUUUGAUCGCCGGUGCAAGAGAAAUCCAAUUCAACAGAUCGGAAAAAACACAGUUUCGGAGAAUGGUAACACUGAACCAUCAAAUGUUACUCUAGGUGAAGAAGAUAGAGUGAUGAAACGAUAUGAGAAACACCUUUCCAAUGACGACCGGAAUGGUAAACAUGAACAAAAUUCAAAAAGUAGUCAUAUUUCUUGCGAUGAUAAAGAUGUAUCCAACCCGGAAUAUACAGGUAACAGAAAUUCGGACCAAGAUAACUUUGCUUCACUAAGUGCUACUUUUGGCAAAGAUUACAAAAUAAAAGAAAGAGAUGAGAAACAAAUAUCCAAUGCCGACGAUAAUGACAAACUUGAAGACUAUUUAGAAAAUAUAUACAUAAGGGAAUGUAAAUUUUCUUGUGAUGAUGAAGAUGUGCUGUUUAUAGAGUCUGGUGUCAAAGAGUUUGUAGAUAGAAUUGUACGCAUGAGGUUUUCAAAACUAAAAUGCCGACGGACAUAUUGCAAUGUAAAGCACAACGAUCCUGAAUUAUUAACGGUUGGAAGUUAUUACGAGCACACAAAAAAUAAAUUUCCAAAUGAAUUUGAUUAUAUCUAUGUUUAUGGAACGGUAGAAGACUUGCCAGAAGCUAGUGUGUUUGAUCAUACGUUUUGCGAUGAUUUAGUAGACAUGGACACCACACAAAUAGAAAACGGAUCACUAUCACUAUCAUUUCAUGGUUUUCUAGGAUGUCAAGGUCCAGCAGAAACGUACAGGUUUUGCUUUAAGAAAGGUGAUGUUGAAGAGACAAUAACUGUGGACAUUUCGACUGCUUUGCGCUACAUUUAUACAACUGAAAUACAUGAACAUCAAAAUAUUGUACAAGAAAGUAAAGUGUUCCGUCCAGAGUUUUACAAAGCCAUUUUAGAUACAAAGAGUUUCCUUCUGUUGGACUUUGGGAACGAAAGGAGUAUUAAUAGCCAUAAAACUUUGCCAUUGAAAGUUUGUGUAACAGAAACUGAGCUAACAUUUUUCAAACAUAAUUUAUCUGAGAAACACAAGAAGGUGUACAAGAUACUAAAAUAUCUGAUAAAUGGUAACUUUGGUAGUAACCUACUCCGAGGCAUUAAUACUUUUUUCAGCAUUUGUAUAUCCUCUUAUAGCAUAAAAACAGCGGUGCUUUAUCACCACUUUAAAUGUAAAAAUGAAAGUUCAACAGUUUCAGACUGUGUGCUGGAGAUACUGAAAGACCUUCAUUACACAAUAAGCACAAGUCGGGUUGACUGUUUUGGAAUGUCCCCAGCUUUAAUUGGCGCAAUGCCUGAAACAUUGAUCCAGUUUUCUGUUUCACGCGUUGAAACUAUUUUAUUAGUUUUUGUCGAUUUUCCAGGAGUAUGUUCAGAAAAUCGUGUGAGGUAUACUACCAGAACAAAUACGACACCUCUUGUCAGCGCUUCUGAAAGAGACAUUACAAGUAUCAGUAACGUGUUUUGUCUAUUUAUCGAAAGAUUAAAAGCCUUAAAAUGUCCAUUAAACUUCAGAAAAUGUAAUCAUGUGGAAAACGAUUCAUUUCUUGAAAUGCUACUGAAAUGUCCGGCAAUAUAUAACUUGGCAGAGCCCUCGUUUACUAAGAUCUCCGAUUAUGUGGAAGAGUGUAUAAAAAAUAAAAAGCCUAUUGUGGAAAAUAAGUAUUUAUAUAAAUGGUUGAAAACGAAAAAGAUAGAUAACUGUUCUUGGUGUAAUUACUCAUCUUCGUCAUUAAAUGGUUUAUGUCUGGAAGCAUUAGUAGGCAACAAUUCGGUUCGGGUAAUAAAUGCAGAAGCUGUCGUGUGUACGGACCCUCCUUAAGGAUUUUUUAUCUACCCAAUAUACAAAACGUUUUCACCUAUUUAAAACACAGUAAUCGCGGAAACUCAAAAACGUUCCAUUGUCAUAUUUCAAAAGGUAGAAGUGUUAUUUUCUUUAAGUUAUGACUACCUAUUGUUUGCAGUGAUUAUAUUCUAAAUGUUUCACUAAAUUUCUUUAUUGUCGUCAGCGCGUGCAUUUUAGUAAUUAGCACGUGCUUUCAUUUGUGAACUAAUUAUGGUUGAGUUUGUCUGGAAAAUGUUUUAUAAUACGCAAGCAAUUAAAAUUGUACAUGCCAUAUUGGUUAUUAAUUCCCUUCCUUUUUCAAUCUAUAUGGACAAUCAAGUCGGCUUGUAAUAUAUAAAGCAUAUAAUAAAAAAAUGUUAGUUAAAUAAAUUAAUAGAAAAAAUGUGGAUGGAUUAAGUUUGUCGCUGACACUGAAUUUUGUUAGUUGUCAGUAUUGUAUAGAUACGUAUUGUACAGAUACACUCAACAUAUAAUGCAUGCAUUAGAUGUUGAUUUUUUUUGUUAAAAUUUUUACUGUUUACGAAAUAAAGUAUUUUAGA